AUGUCGUUCAUGGGAGGUGCAGAAUGCUCCACGGCUGGCAACCCCUUGAGCCAGUUCCAGAAGCACGUUCAGGAUGACAAGACACUCCAGCGAGACCGCCUCGUUGGUCGGGGUCCCGGUGGCCAGUUGGGCGGCUUUCGUAGCUCGCCUGCGAAUGCUGCUCAGGAUGAGAUGGUGAACGGUUUCCUCAAUGCCGGCCCCGGUCUUCAACAAGAGUUCCCUACCUUGCAAGGCGCGCCCGGUGCCCAGCUGGGCCCUGCACCAAUCGCCAACUCGAUGGCGCCGCAAUGGGCGCAGGACUUCAACGCCCAGGGCGGCAUGGAGCUCAUGCACCAGGCGCCGCCCAGGGCUCUCUUCAGCCCCGAGGAGUUUGCCCGUUUCCAACAAGCCAACCCUGCGGCCGCCGCGGCAAUGGCCCCUGAGAUGCGCGGUGACAUGUCCUCUGCGAUGCCGCAGCAGCGGCCCAUGAUGGGCAUGGGCAUGGGCAUGAUGGGCAUGCCGAUGGGAUACGGCCUUGCCAACCAGUCGAUGAUGCAGCCGAUGUAUCAGCAGCAGCAACAGCAGCAGCAGCCUGUCCAGCAACAACAGCAGGACCUCAAGGGCAAGGGCAAGAUGGUCGAACUGGACGACAGCAAGUGGGAGGAGCACUUUGCCCAACUCGAGCUCCAAGACAAGGAGGAAGCCAAGGAGGCUGAGAAGCAGGCCACCGCUGCCGAACCAGAGCUCAACGAAAUGGACAAUAAGCUCCAGUCGGAAACUAACGAGUUUGGUGACUUCGAAUCCAUUUGGAAAGGAAUCCAGGCUGAGACUGCUGCUGCUAGGUCGAUGGUGAACGAGCAACAAUACUUUGAUCAAUUCGAUACCGAAUGGGGCCAGGACCUCAUGCCCGAUUUCAACGGAGUCAACGACUGGGGACGAUUCGCCGACCCUAUCGUCGAAAAGUACAUGUUUGAGCAGGAAAACAUCUUCCGCGACCAGAAGAAUGCGUUUGAGGAGGGUGUCCGCGUCAUGAAGGAGGGAGGCAACCUGUCGCUGGCUGCCCUGGCGUUUGAGGCUGCCGUUCAGCAGAACCCGGAGCACGUUGAGGCUUGGGUAUACCUGGGAUCCGCUCAAGCCCAGAACGAAAAGGAGACGGCGGCUAUUCGCGCGCUGGAGCAGGCCCUGAAGCUUGACCCGAACAAUCUCGAUGCCAUGAUGGGGCUCGCGGUUUCGUAUACCAACGAGGGCUACGACAGCACAGCGUAUCGGACUCUGGAGCGAUGGCUGUCCGUCAAGUAUCCCAACAUUCUGGACCCCACAAACCUUCACCCCGUUGCGGACAUGGGAUUCACCGAUCGACAACAGCUGCACGACAAGGUCACCAACCUCUUCAUCAAGGCAGCCCAGCUUAGCCCCGACGGCGAGCACAUGGACCCCGACGUCCAAGUCGGACUGGGCGUGCUGUUCUACGGAGCAGAGGAGUACGACAAGGCCGUGGACUGCUUCCAGUCUGCUCUUCACUCCUCCGAGCUCGGCACGACAAACCAGCAGGAACAGCUUCACCUCCUCUGGAACAGGCUUGGCGCUACUCUCGCCAACAGCGGCAGAUCGGAAGAGGCAAUCGCAGCGUACGAACAGGCCCUGUCCUUGGCUCCCAACUUUGUUCGUGCCCGCUACAACCUGGGCGUGAGCUGUAUCAACAUCAACUGCCACCAGGAGGCGGCCUCUCACUUCCUUGCCGCUCUCGACAUGCACAAGACGAUUGAAAAGUCUGGCCGCAGCAAGGCAUACGAGAUCCUAGGCGACGGAGCCGCCGGCCAAGUCGACCAGGCUCUUGACAGAAUGUCUGCUCAGAACCGCAGCAGCACCUUGUACGAUACCUUGAGGAGGGUGUUUACGCAGAUGGGCCGAAAAGAUCUCGCGGACAAGACGGUUCCCGGUGUCGACCCCGACAUUUUCAGACCCGAGUUUGAGUUUUAGAGGCUUCCUGUUGAGCAGUAGCCCCGUUCUUUGAGCAUGAAGACACU